GUGCUUUGGUGGGCAGCUGCCGUUCCAACUACGCGAAGCCGCCAUUCACCGUUCACCCUCACCGCCCGUCGCAGACACCCACUGCGCUGCCUUCGCCGGCGUGUAAACACCCUCGCUACUCGCCCAGUCCCCAAUCGUGUAGUCGCCCACUAGGUCACUACUCCUUGGCCGACUGUGCUGAGAGGCCAACCGAGGAAAUCCCCCGAUCACGAUCUGCAUCCUGCCUCCAAACCGACACCCUCGGCAGCAAUUGAUGGCCACCAACUGGGGAAACUACACCGACUACACUGGUCCAUCACGAGCUCCUGGAUCAGCGACACAUGUACUGGAUGCCCGCCUAAUCCUGCUCACGACUCUAGUCCCAGGGAACUUCACCGCGAAGACCUGCCUAGAUGUUGGUUGCAACGCUGGCAAUGUGUCAAACCAGCUUGCCUUCGACUUUCAUGCAGCAUCAGUCACUGGCGUCGACAUCGAUCCAAAGCUAGUGGCUCAAGCCGAAAAACUCCUGGCACUACGAUCUUCACGUGCUCGUCCUCCAACUGGAGAUUCACAACUCAUUGUGGAUUACUACCCUGUAUCGGCAGUCCUUACACAUGGAUACCGCGUCGAGCCGAACAGAAAGGUCUCGCGCACCUCAUCACCCGCGUCGACAACUUCAGAUUGGCCUUGCGUACAGUUCUUCUCCGCAGAUUGGGUUGCAUCGGCAAACCGGGCAAUCUCAGGCCCAUUCGAUGUGAUUCUGGCCCUCAGUGUGAUCAAGUGGAUUCAUCUGGAGCAUCUCGAUGAGGGUGUGAGGACCUUCUUCAGGAAGUGCGCGACAUGCCUCCGUUCUGGUGGACAUUUGGUUAUUGAACUGCAGACUUGGGACUCGUACGAGAAAGCUGUUCGCCCAAACCACUCACCACACUUCAGUGAGAACCUGAAGCAACUGACUUACCGGCCAGAAACAUCCUUUGAUGGCUUGCUCGCAGAGCAUGGUCUCAGACUCUGCGCUUCCUCCACUGAGCUACCACGACGUAUCAACGUCUAUCGCAAAGACUGAGCCACGGAGAUCUUUACUAGGCCUGGACGAAACCAUUCAUUCUUUGGACCUGUCUCUUCGGGGAGCGCAUGUCGUUCGUAUCAUUCCAUACUCGCGCAACACACAAUUGAUCCUUAGGUGAAUUAAGUGGCUCUUCAUUGCGUCAACGCU